AUGGCCAUUGGGCUAACCAACCUCGUGGAGUUGGAAAGGAGGGGACCGCCCCCGGACCUGAAGAGCGUGGAAGACUUGCUGACACCAAUGCUUUCCGAAGUGAGGAUUGCUUCCCAAGUCUUGCGGGAGUUGCCGCAGCUGGGUCGAGCGGAUCUGGUUGGGGUGAUACGGGAGGUGCUUGAAAAGGAAGGCAGCUUCAGGCUCAUCUCGGAGUAUAACACGGCCAUCAGCGCCUGCACAAAGGCCCAGCACUGGCAACUGGCAUUGCGUCUAUUCCGUGGCCUGCCUAAAGCUGCGCUCUCUCCCAGUAUUGUCAGCUACAACGCUGCCAUCAGCUCCUGCGAGAAAGGCUCUCAGUGGCAACUGGCGGUGAACCUCUUCCACAGCAUAUCGGAAGUCAGGCGCGCGCCUGACGUCAUAAGCUACAACGCAACGAUCAGCGCUUGCGAGAAGGCCGGGCGUUGGGAGCAGUCUUUGCACCUCUUCUACUCCAUGGCUGGAGCUCGCGUGGCUCCGGAGGUCGUUACAUACAAUGCCACUCUCAGUUCCUUCGCAAAGGCUGGGCAGUGGCAGUGGGCGCUUUAUUUCCUGGAAAAGAUGCCCAAGUCCAAGCUGGAUGCUGGGGUGAUCAGCUACAGUGCUGCCAUCAGCUCCUGCCAGAAGAGCCAAGAAUGGCAAUGGGCGCUGCAUCUCUUCUACGCGCUGUGCAAUGCCAGGCUUGCGGUGGAUGUCAUCGCUAGCAACGCCGCCAUUAGCGCCUGUGCGAAAGUGGGGCAUUGGCAGCUGGCGAUCCACCUCUUCGGCUCCAUGAACACAUCCAGGAUUGCUGCAAGCGCCAUCACCUACAACACCACCAUAAGCACCUGUGGGGUGGGUCGGCAAUGGCAGCUGGCCACCUUUCUCUUGUCUGCAAUGUCAGAUGCUAGGCUGGCUGCCAACGUUAUCAGCUACAACGCAGCGAUAAGUGCUUGUGAGCAGAGCUCACAGUGGCGACUGGCUGUGCAUGUGCUGGGGGGUCUCUUUGGGGCGUGGCUGUCGCCAAAUGUGAUCUCGUUCAACGGUGCCAUCAGCUCUUGCGAGAAGGCUGGGCAAUGGCGGCUAGCAUUGCACAUAUUUGAAGAGAUUCCCAGGAACCGGCUUUCCCCAGAUGUGAUCAGCUGCAACGCCACCAUCAGUUCGUGUGAAAAGGGUGGCCAGUGGCAAGUGGCGGUGUUCCUUCUGCACACGAUGCCUGAAGCCAAUCUGGUGGCCGACAUCAUCAGCUAUAGCGCGGCCGUCAGCUCCUGUGAGAAAGGUGGGAGCUGGCAGUGGGCGGUGUAUCUGUUCACGGCCAUGGAGAAAGCCCAGGUAGCGGCCAAUGUCAUCAGCUACAACGCCAUCAUGAGUGCAUGCGAGAACGGAGGGAAUUGGCAGCUGGCAUUGCGCCUCUUUUCCAAGAUGACCAAAGCCCAACUCAUCCCGAGUACAACUAGCUACAACGCGGCGAUCGCUUCUUCCACAAGAGGCAGGCAGUGGCAGGUCGCGGUGCGACUCUUCGACGACAUGCAACAUGCCAUGCUGGACGCUGAUGCGGUCAGCUACAGUAGCAUCACAAGCUCCUGCGCGCAAGCUGCGCAGUGGCAGCUCACGGUGCUCCUCCUGGCUGACAUGCUGCGCGCCGAGGUUCCCCACGUUGUCAGCUACGACGCCGCCAUCAGUGCCUUGGAGAGGACUGGGCAGUGCCACAUCGCGGUUCAGGUCUUCGGGUCCCUCCCUAUCGGCCUCAUAGCCGCUGACGUGGGCGUGGACGGUGUGGUACUGGAGACCGUGUGUCGCAAGGCCGUGGGCUUUGGCUUGGAGACAGAUUCUGGAGACUGGGGAGUCCACAAACGAUGGAGCAGGCUGGGUUUUGCUUCGCCAGCUGCGCGGUGCUGGCUUUCGGCACGGUUUUUCGCUGCCAAACACCACUACAAGGGUCAUGGCGCGAGGUGA